AUGAUAAAAAAAUGCAUUCAUCUCAGUUAUUUCGCAAAAAGAAAAAGAAUAAAACAAGGGGUCCGUUUCCUUUGA